AAACACAUUUUUUUAAAAAGUAGAACUGUUCUUCCAUUAAAUAUUUCUUCUCAUCAGAUACACUGGCUUCCACUGCUUUUUUUUUUUCUCUCCCCCCCUUCCAUUCCUUUAACAGCAUUAAGGGCUUGAUCCCAAGUCCACAGAAAUCAAUGGAAAGACUCUCGUUGAGUUCAGUGCACUACAGAUCAAACUGUAGUAGGGGAAUAUCUAGGUUCACCACAUUACAUUUAAUUUUAGUUGAAAAUACAAAGAAUUAAUGUCAUAUUUUGUCCCAAUUGUUGGUUACAUUCAUAUUUCUUAUAUUAAAACCAAUGAAAAUUUACUAUGAUUCGUAGAAUAUGUGAAAUCUACUUAUCUAUUUCUGUUUUUAUGCAACUGUUAAACUGCUAGUCUUAAACGGUGGCUACAGAAUGACCAGUAUGCCAUACAAAAGCUGUGAAGUAUCACUAAGGUAACUGAGAACUUAGAGGCAGUUUGGCUGCUCAGUUGUCUAUCUAAUACAUAGACAGGCUUUCCAGCUUGAAGAAGAGCUCUGUGUAGUUCAAAAGCUUGUCUCUUUCAUCAACAGACGAUCCAAUAAAUAUAUUACUUCACCCACCUUGUCUCCCCAAUAUCCUAGGACAAAACACAGCUACAACAAUGCAUAUUUAAGAAAUACACAGACUCAAAGGAAAACAUUAAUUCAGUAAGUAGAGAUGGGCCUGAGCAAAAAUUCUGGAUCUAAGAAUUGAGAGGGGGUAUUUCAUCCACCAUCCAAAUUUUGCAGUUGGUCCCAACUCUCUGUUGUUGUUUUUUUGUUUUGUUUUGUUUUUUUGGGGGCGGGGGGAAGACAGCCCAUCUCUAAUAACAACAACAACAACUGGAGGAAGAGGGAAUCCUGAAAGGCUUUUUAAAAAGGAGCUAUGGAGCAAAGAAAAAGACAAACCAGACACUGCUUUAUGUGCUCUGAAAGGGAGAGUCAGUUCAGAAAUAAACUCUCUUUUCAAUCCCUUGGCAGACAUUAAAAUUCUUGGAAGCAGUCAGAGCCCAGGAGGGGAACGGGGAGAAAUAUAGGGAGAAAAUAGAGUGUCUCAAAUAACAAAGGAAGGUGCCUGGCAAAGCAGAGGAGCCCGUGGGAGGGAAAUGGGCUCGGGGAUGGCAGCGCUCCUGGGCCGCAGAACUGCCGAGCAAACCUUGGCAAACAAGAAGAAGUUUAUUGUAAGUGCAACUCUUCCUCCCCGCAGCAGGCGACAACCAAUGAGAGCCCGUCUCUGCCCAGCUUUGCACUCCCAUUGGCUGCCCACUGCCAUCCUUUUGCCCAAAGUGGGAGAAAUGGAUUUAAAGGGCCCCGGCUAGAUCAGUCCCUUCCCCAGACCUGAGCGACAAGCUCCUCGCGGCAAAUGGUUCCUACCCACCGGGGCCACCUUCGGUAACGUGAGUCUAGCGCGAAGGCCAGCCCUGUGUUCGUGUGCACGCUGCAGCUGCCCGUCAGGCCCUCCCCCAGCCCUCGCUAUGAAGGUGUGCCGCCUCGUCUGAACGCAGCAGGAGGACCAUGUUGAGGCAACAACGCCCAGGUGAGGUGCAGCUGGGGACAGCCCUGUAUGAGCUGGUUGGCUACAGGCAGCCCUCCUCCACCUUGCUCCCUAAGCAAGUGCAUGACAAGCCGGAGCCUGCUCCUGAGCAGCAGCAGGGGCUGGGCAGUGCCAGAGGCGGCGGCGGCAAGACAGAGCAGAAAAAGGAGCAGCAGCAGCUGAGGCGGAAGAUCAACAGCCGGGAGAGGAAGAGGAUGCAGGACCUGAACCUGGCCAUGGACGCGCUGCGGGAGGUGAUCAUGCCCUACUCGGCAGCCCACUGCCAGAGCUCCCCAGGCAGGAAGCUCUCCAAGAUCGCCACGCUGCUCCUGGCCAGGAACUACAUCCUCUUGCUGGGCAGCUCGCUGCAGGAGCUCAGGCGGAUCAUUGGGGAGAUGAGCGGCUCCGGGCCCAGGCUGCUGCUGGCCGGGCUGCCCCUCUUCGCUGCGCCGGGCUCUGUGCUGCUCACCCCGGGGAACUUGAACCACCCGGACAGCCUGCGGUCCGCCAACAAAUACCUCUCGCUGUCCCUGGAGGAGCAGCAGUGCAGCCAGCUGCAUUUGGCCGGGGGCGCCAGCCUGUGCACCUGCGCGAUCUGCAAGUUCCCGCACUUCAUCCCCUCCAGCCUCAGCCUGGCCGCCGUGCAGAGCCAGUUCUCCAAGUGAUCGCAGGCGCGGGGCGGCGGGACGAGGGGGCGCGGGGUGGGGUGCCAGGCCGGGGACUGCAAGCUUCGGGCUCCGGAGCGCCGGGGGGGGGGGUGUCGGUGCGCUCCGGGCAGCUGCGAGGAAGGCGGGCCCGGGCUCUUGGCUGCCCCUUGGGGAGGGGCCGCUGGGCGACGCUCUGCGGCUCAGGCCUGCUGUGCUCCUGAAGGCGCGUGUUUGCAAGGGCCUGUUUUCAAAGCGGAACCCAGGCGGCAGAGCGAGCUCCCAGAGCCCCUGGGCGGGGAGAACCCGCGCUGGGCUCCGCUCGGCCGCCCUGGCCGGGUCACGCCCCUGAGCCGCGGGAGGUUCGCGUGGGGUGCGCCAGCCCUGGCCUCGCCGCCGCUCUAGGGGCGAUGGCCCCUGCAGGCGUCCCACAGGUGACGGGGGAGGAGAGGCCAGAAUCCUUGGGCCACCCGAGUGGAAGAUAUGGAAAACAAUGCCGAAAAGAUCCGUUUAACGGAGCAUCUUCUACCACGUUUUAUUUAGCUAGGAGAGCAUCUAAUCACUGUAGCUGGAACUGCACCCUGGCUUACUGAGCUAGCAGUCAGGGUAAUAAAGUAACCGGUCUUAAACAAUAUGUAGAGUUAAAGGUAUGUACUAGGCAGUGGUUUAAAGGAGACAGUACUUCUUCUAUGCAGUAAUUUUCUCUUUCAGUAACCUAAGCAGAAUCCAACUUGUUACCUACUCGCGAUCAUUUCGAAUCCUAGAAAUGUAGGACUGGAAGGGACCUCCAUCGUUAGGGAUCUGAAUUUUUAGAACUGAAACAGGGUGGGGUUUUUUUAAGUCUUGUGCGGGGGAGCAGCUUAUUAUAUUUCUAGAUUGGUUUAACCACCAACAUUUGAGUGUUGCUUGCAAACAUAAUGCCACCUUGAACACAAAUAAGUACCACAAUUUACUAAAAAGGAGAGAAUGCGUUCCUGACGAUAUGCAUUACCCAGAGAAGAUAAUCAAUUAACUCGAUCUAAUAGAGGAAAAUAAGGUAGGACCACUAUCUUAGGAAAGCAAAAGUUGCUCCCCUGCCCCAUACUGUGUUAAUCCACAUGAUGCUUUCAGAGGCAGCGUUAUUACUGCAGAUUUCUAAGAAUAGACAAGGUCAAUUCUGAAACACUUUUUUAAACAAAGGUUUUUGAAAAGUAAAGAAAGCAGAGUGUUUCUUCAUAGCCAGCCUGUACAUUAGUUAAAAGACACUGCAAAGAACAGGAAUCCUCAAUAGUAUACUAAUACAAGUGAAAUGUACAUUUAAAAGCAAUGUUUAUGAUGGUUUUUUUUUAUGCACUUAUUUCUGGGAAUGGGUUUUCCUUCUUUUGUUGCUGUGUAGUUUAUUUUAAUGGCAUAUUUUAACUGUAGUGUUUUAUCACUGUGUCACCCUUUUACUUGGAAAUGUACAGUCAUAAUAAAAAUCACAAUUUCCCUG